GGUUUUCUGUCAUGUUUUAUCCUGCUGAUACUCGUCUGUGGUGCAGCUAAUAGCUUCUGACAAAGUAUGAGGACAAAGCUUUGUGGUUAUGGAAUAAAACCACAGCAGCUUGUGUGUUUUGGGUCAUUUAUACGCUGGAGUCUAAGUACAGUAUUUACAGUACUGAGCAAUGCAGUUCAUUUGUAUUGAGCGCUGCUGUUUUUACGCCUUCUUAUGAUAGUUCACGUAUGUAACCUUUACUUUGUCCUGUAUUUGUACUGCUUAUUAUUUUUAAUUUGUGCUGACAUUUUAUGCACAAGUCUUUAAAAACUGAUAAAAAUGAAGGUUAACAGAUGGAAUGAGGUAAAGAGAGGACUUUGGUGAACAUACAUGCACACAAAUUCAAAACGACUUGUUUUCUUUCAGUGUGUCUUAAAAAGCGUUUGUGAGAUGUGAGAACAUGAAGACGUUGGUCGGACUUGUGAAGACAGCAGUGCUUCAGCCUGAACAUUAUUUCCUUUCUUUUCAACAGUCUUCUCGUCUCCUUCUUCAUACAAUAAUCAUUUAUCUUGUGUGGUUUUACAUGUGUGAAGGAGAGAGUUGAAUGUGCUGCAACAUUCUUAUGACAUUUACUGAGAGUUUCACUUCUGCAGUGUGUCAUGCCAUCACUUCCUGAGGAAGCUGACGCGCAUGAAGCAACCUCCGUCCGCCUGCACUCAGUCUGUACACCGACAUGCACUCUGGCUCACUUCACAAGAAAGAUUUCACUCUGCACAAAUGACACACACACACACACUGUGGUUGGCUGUAAUUGCCCAGAAAGAACAAACACUGAAAUAACCAUGUGUUAAGUGGUUGUGUGAAUACUGUACUGAAUGCAUGCAUGGCUGCAAGAAUGUGUGGUUUACAGAUUUAUGUCCUGAACUCUGCCACAGAUUUGCUGCUGGAGGAGUUGGCCCUGAAUUCGGCAGGUUCAGACGGCGUCCAUGAGAACAGGAGCGAUGAUGUGGAGGUUCCAGGUGGAGUUUCUGCUGGAGUUACACCAAAAGGAAAAGGCUCAGUCACAAAUGUGUACAGUGCUCUGCCAGCUCCUGUGGCAGCUUCCUCGGAUGCCGACUCACCUACGCAGGAGCUGGAAUCCAUCCUGCAAGAUCUGAUGGGUCUCGCUGAAGGGGAGCACGCAGCCACCCCACCGCCGCUCACACAAAAGCAGUCUGUGAAGAAGAAACCAGAAGGUGGACAACAGAACACGGAGGGCAGCAGCAGCCCAGCAGGCUCCGAUCCAAAGACCUCGACCCAGAGGAAGAAAACAGACACCAUCGAUGACCUGCUAGGAGGCCUGAGCUCUGACUUGGAGAAGAUCGGUGUUUGCACCACAGCCAAAGGCCACUGCGCUUCCUGCAACAAGUGCAUUGUGGGAAAGAUGAUCACGGCGCUGGGCCAAGUGUGGCACCCGGAGCACUUUGUGUGUGUGGCGUGUAAGGCCGAGCUGAGCACCACAGGCUUCUUCGAGCGGGACGGGAGGCCGUACUGCGACAAAGACUACCACCAGCUCUUCUCCCCACGCUGUGCUUAUUGCAAGGGGCCAAUCAUGCAGAACAUCGUGACAGCUCUGGACCAGAACUGGCACCCAGAGCACUUCUUCUGUACGCACUGCGGAGGCCUGUUUGGACCGGAAGGGUUCCUGGAGAAGGACGGGAAGCUGUACUGUUGCAAGGACUUCUACCAUCUCUUUGCUCCCAAGUGCUCGGGCUGUGGGGAGUCGGUGAGGGAGAACUACCUGACUGCAGCCAAUGGCACCUGGCAUCCAGAGUGCUUCGUCUGCGCGGACUGUCUGAAGCCCUUCACCGACGGCCGAUUCAUGGAGCUGGCCGGCCGGCCCCUCUGCUCGCUGCACUUCCACUCCAGGCAGGGCACCCUGUGCGGCAGCUGCGGGGAGCCCAUCACCGGCCGCUGCAUCUCCGCUCUGGAGCGCAAGUUUCACCCCGAGCACUUUGUCUGCGCCUUCUGUCUGCGGCAGCUGAGCCAGGGCAUCUUCAAGGAGCAGGAGGGGAAGCCGUACUGCUCGGCGUGCUUUAACAAACUCUUUGUGUGAGACAAGAAGCUGCACGGUGCUGCAUCACUGUCACUGCUGACGUUGUGAUUUGUUUCAGUGUAAAUGAUGAAUUAAAACCACCCACCUUUCCUA